AUGGCCAGUGCAGAAUCCUCACUGCUCACAACCCCAGGGCCCAACUCAGAUCCUGGCAACAGUGAGGUGGAGCUGGACUGCUGGUUUGAUGAAGAGUUCAAGUUCAUCCUGCUGCCUGUGAGCUACGCAGUUGUUUUUGUGCUGGGUCUAGUCCUCAAUGCUCCAACCCUCUGGCUCUUCCUCUUUCACCUCCGACCCUGGGAUGCAACGACCACCUACAUGUUCCACUUGGCUUUGUCAGACACUUUGUAUGUGCUGUCACUGCCCACCCUCAUCUACUAUUAUGCAGCCCGAAAUCACUGGCCCUUUGGCACUGAGCUCUGCAAGUUCAUCCGCUUCCUUUUCUACUGGAACCUCUACUGCAGUGUCCUUUUCCUCACCUGCAUCAGUGUGCACCGCUACCUUGGAAUCUGCCAUCCCCUGAGAGCAAUACGUUGGGGCCGCCCAAGACUCGCAGGCCUUCUCUGCCUGGCAGUUUGGUUGGUUGUAGCCAGCUGUCUUGUGCCCAAUCUGUUCUUUGUCACAACCAGCUCCAGGGGGGAUACCAUCCUGUGCCAUGACACCACUCGGCCUGAGGAGUUUGACCACUAUGUCCACUUCAGCUCAAUAAUCAUGGGGCUGCUCUUUGGCAUACCCUGCGUGGUCACUCUUGUCUGCUAUGGGCUCAUGGCCCGGCGCCUAUAUCGGCCUUUGCCAGGGGCUGCCCAGUCAUCUUCUCGUCUGCGUUCUCUCCGCACCAUUGCAGUGGUUCUGACUGUCUUUGCUGUAUGCUUCGUGCCUUUCCACAUCACCCGAACCAUUUAUUACAUGGCAAGGCUGUUGGAAGCUGAUUGCCAGGUGCUGAACAUUGUCAACGUGGUAUACAAAGUGACCCGGCCUCUGGCCAGCGCCAAUAGCUGCCUGGAUCCUGUGCUCUACUUGCUCACUGGGGACAAGUAUCGUAGGCAGCUCUGGAAGCUCUGUACUGGUGGCACUCCCCAGCCCCCCAGGGCUGCCUCCUCCCUGGCACUGGUGUCCCUGCCUGAAGGUAGCAGCUACAGGAGGACAGAACCCCAGGAUAGUGGCUGCCCUACCCCUAGGGCAGAUAAAUUGUAG